AUGAAUACUGCCCUUUCGUUGUUAGGCGCCGCAGCUCUGCCCUUGCUAGCCCUUGCUACCAACACACCGGGAUUCAUAAAUGCGGAAGCAAGCCCCUUCACCGUCUUUCAAUAUCCCGACAAUGGAACCUGGAUUGCAAAUAUUGCCAAUCGACCGAAUAACGAUCUCGUCAUAACGCGAGCUGAUGUGCCGGAAGUAUGGACAAUUAAUGUGGACGAAGGCACUGCUCAUUUGGCCGUGACCAUCCCGAACGUCCAUAAUUUGAUUGGAAUCUCUUCGAUUGAUGACGAUGAAUACGUUGUUAUUGCUGGAACCUUGGACACUGGCACGCUUACGCCAGUGGCAGGCUCAUUCUCGGCCUGGAAAGUUUCUAUCGAAUCAGACGGCAAAGGCACUGCCAGCCUGAUUGCAGCGAUUCCAGAAGCUCAAUUUUUACACGGAGUAGUGACCUUUCAGAAGACGAGAGACACGGUCAAUGUUCUAAUUUCAGACGCUACUCGGGGAGCCAUUUAUAAGCUAGACACAACUAGCGCCAAGUACACUGUCGUGAUCCAAGAUGCUGGCCUUGCUGGAGUGAGUAACCUGCGGAUGCAAAAUGGGUAUCUUUACUUUACGGCUACGCAAAACAAGGUCUUUGGUCGUGUGCCUGUUGAUCUUGAAGAAGGGACUGCUAAUGGACCUAUUGAGAUUAUUCUGAAAGAUCAAACCCUUGUUCCAGAUGGAUUCGCAUUGGCUCCCAACGGAAGUGUCGCUUUCAUAGCAACAUUCGUCCAAAAUUCCAUUAUCGCAGUUGAUCUUGGUGAUGAUGCCCAUACAACCAAGACUAUUUAUGGUGGCAUCAACUCAACCGAUAUUGCAGGGCCAACCACCGUUCAGUUUGUCCAAAAUGGGCCAUGGGAAACCUUGUUUAUCGCGACCAAUGGUGGCCAAAGUGCGCCUGUUGGAGGAAGAUUCAUAGAACCGGCAAAGAUCGCCUGUGUAUAUCUUUUCUAA